UUUUCUAUACAUGCAUGGAUCAAAAUUAUUCGUGUUCUUCGUUAAACUGUUGAUUGGUUCUGUUACAAAAAUAAGACCGAAUAUCGAUUAUAUAUCUUAUUUCUGUCUUUUGAUUUGCGCAAAACAAAAAGAAUUUGGAGGAGCUGGGAUUUGAACCCAGGACUUUCAGCAUGCGAAGCAGACACUCUACCACUGAGUUACACCCCCGGAUAGUAUAUUUGCGAACAGACAACUACAAAUUUUGCGCUUGGACGAUAGCGACAUCCUCAGGAAACGGCCGUAAUCUGAACUACACUGAAAGAGUCAGAUUCUCACAGUAGUUCACAUACGUCCGUUAUGUAUUUAUAGCGCUAACAUCCAAUAUCACGACUUCUAUUAUGAAUCCAAUGUUUAGCAUCGAGCAGACAACGCAACUAACACUUCAAGUUUGUUGACAUCGGUGAAAGCCGAAUAGAGAUUCGCGAAUAUAACCUACCAAGUGCUCCUUGCAUCUUUUUCCUUUGAAAAGUUUUUGUUAACAAUUAAAAAAUGUCGAAAGAUAGUUCAGACGAAGGAAAAGAAGAAAGGCCAUUAGUUGUCAAAACGGCAGCUGAUUUGCAAAGACUGAAACUCAUGAAACUUAUGAAAAACCCGGACAAGCCAGUUAUUAUACCCGAACGUCCAAAAGGAAAGAAUAUCCCAACAGCACCGGAGUUCGUACGAAAUGUUAUGGGUAGUAGUGCAGGUGCAGGUAGUGGUGAAUUUCAUGUCUACAGACAUUUAAGGCGGAAAGAGUACGCUAGACAAAAAUGUAUUCAAGAUCAAGCAUACAGAGAAUCUCUCGAAAAUGAGUAUCAUCAAAAAUUGGAAGAAAAUAAAAGAAAAGCAGAAGAAGCUACUGCAAAAAAACGAGCCAAAAGAUUAAAACGUAAACAAAAGCUCAAGGGAAAAAAGAAAUUCAAACCUUCUAAGGAUACAAGUCAAAAAUCUGGAAAUGAUAGUGAGUCAGAUAAUGAAAGUUCUGAGGAAGAAAGUGAAGAUAAAGUUUUAGAAAAAAAGAACAACACGACAAAUAGUAACAACAAUUCAGACGACGACAAAUUAAAUAAAAAUAUGGAUGCAAAAGAGGACCAAGUAAGUGCUGAAAAAGAAAUUGUUAAUAGUGAAGUGGUUGCAGAAAUUGAAGAAAAUGCAACAAAUAUCAACAAAAACCUUGAUAGCAAUACUUUGGAUGAAAAGAUGGAUACAAAAGAAGAUCAAGUGAAUGCAGAUAAAGAAAUUAUUGAUAAUGAAAAAGUCCAAGGAAAUGAAGAAAAUACUGCUAGUGAAAACAAUUCUGACAGUGAUAAAUUAAAUGAAAACAUAAAUGCAAAAGAGAAAGGAGUAAAUGUUGAAAAAGAAAUUGUUGAUAGUAAAGUAGUCCAAGAAAAUGAAGAAAAUACAACAAUUAUUUACAAAAAUCGUAAUAGUAAUAAUUGUGAUGACAAGAUGGAUACAAAAGAAUGUCAAGUAAAUGCUGCUAAAGAAAUUGUUCAUAAUGAAGCCACUGAAACCACAAAGCAAAAUGAAAGUAGCAUUUAAAUCUGAUAAAAAUAAUAAAAACUGUAAAUACCGCAUUAAUAAGUACAGAAGAGAUGAAAAAUCAAACUUUUAUAAUAAACUAGAGUUGGUCAGUAGUACUUAAAAUGAAUGAGAAUGCGAAUAAGUAAAAAUUAUAUUAAGGAGAUAUGUAAUAUUCAAAG